ACUUCUCAAUGAAGGAGCCUGACGCCAUCAAGCUCUUCAUCGGGCAGAUACCCCGAAACCUGGAGGAGAAGGACUUGAAGCCCAUCUUUGAGCAGUUUGGCAAGAUCUACGAGCUGACGGUGAUAAAGGACAAAUACACGGGCAUGCACAAAGGAUGCGCCUUCCUCACAUAUUGUGCGCGUGAGUCAGCCCUCAAAGCCCAGAAUGCACUGCACGAGCAGAAGACCCUACCAGGGAUGAACCGUCCAAUCCAAGUGAAGCCAGCGGACAGCGAGAGCAGGGGGGAAGACAGGAAGCUGUUCGUGGGUAUGCUGGGGAAGCAGCAGACAGACACGGACGUGAGGAAAAUGUUCGAGCCGUUCGGCAGCAUAGAGGAGUGCACGGUGCUGCGCGGGCCUGAUGGUACCAGCAAAGGGUGUGCAUUUGUAAAGUUCCAGAGCAACGCAGAGGCCCAGGCUGCCAUCAACGCUCUGCACGGGAGUCGCACUUUACCUGGCGCCUCGUCCAGCCUGGUGGUGAAGUUUGCAGACUCGGAGAAGGAGCGAGGGCUCCGGCGGAUGCAGCAGGUGGCCUCUCAGCUGGGAGUCAUCAGUCCCAUGACCCUGCAUCUCGGGGCUUACAACGCCUACACACAGGCCCUGAUGCAGCAGCAGGCGUUGGUGGCUCAGUCGGCCUACCUCUCUCCCGUCGCCACGGUGGCGGCGGUGCAGAUGCAGCAGCUCGCCGCGCUCAACCCCAGCAGUAUCAUCGCCACGCCGAUUGCAUCCAUCACCCCGUCCUCAGGUACCAGCACUCCUCCCUCCAUCGCAGCCACACCUGUUCCUGCUCUGCCUCCACCCAUCGCAGUGAACAGCUACCCCUCCGUGGCAGCGCCCCCUAAUGGCCAGUCAGCUACAGACACUCUGUACACCAACGGAGUUCACACCUACCAAGCUCAGAGUCCAGUCCUGGAUCCCCUGCAGCAAGCUUACACAGGCAUGCAGCACUAUACAGCUACUUACCCUGCAGCCUACAGCCUAGUGGGCCAGCCGUUCCCCCACCAGCCCACCCUGGUGGCUCAGCAGCCGCAGCAGCCGCAGCAGCUUCAGCAACGAGAAGGUCCUGAAGGCUGUAACAUCUUCAUCUACCACCUGCCGCAGGAGUUCACCGACUCAGAGAUCCUGCAGAUGUUCCUGCCCUUUGGAAACGUCAUCUCCGCAAAGGUCUUCGUGGACCGAGCAACCAAUCAGAGCAAAUGUUUUGGUUUUGUGAGCUUCGAUAACCCAUCCAGCGCCCAGACUGCCAUCCAGGCCAUGAACGGCUUCCAGAUCGGCAUGAAGAGACUGAAGGUGCAGCUGAAGAGGCCUAAGGAUGCCAACAGACCAUACUAAAGGAGGAAAAAAACCUAAGAGUUCAAUCAAGAAUACCACUUGGGACGUCCCAGCCUUUUUUUGGUUGUUUGACCAACCGUAUAGCACAGGAGCAACACUUCACACACAUAAAAGAAAGUAAAAAGAAAAGAAAUAAAAGCAGUUUACCAUGUUUGCGCUUCAACAAAGUCAACAUCAACUGCAGCGACGCCAGCAGCAAAACCCAUGGACUGCAUCAGCAUCCACAGUGUCCGAAGUGGUCCGGAGUUCCUGUCAUUCCACAGCUGGAUUCAUUUAUAUUAUGUACAUAACUCUGUCGUCAGCAACAAAAUAUACAUGUGAAGAAAAAUCAUAUCAAUGAUGUUACUCUACUGAACAGGGUUCUACUGUAUAGUGUGAUUUGUGGUCUGAGGCGCCAACGAAAAGCCAGUCUACACAGCCGGAGGCGAAAGAAAAUAAUAUUCUGUAUGAUUACCAUUGAUGAUAUUGUUAUGUAGAGUUAGUUUUAUUAAUUAUAAGUAAAUUAAAAACCACGGAGUGAUUAAAAUGGAAGAAAAAUGGAUUUCCUCUUGUUGUACAUACCUCAGUUUUUAAAAAAGGGGGACUUAAACGUUUCACAGACUAACAUUCUCUGCUGCCACUACUUUUGAAAAUUAACAAAAAUAAAAUAAAACAAAAAAAACGGAAGGAAGGGCUGGGAAUUUUUUCUAUCUUGAUUUUUUUUUUAUGUUUGGUUUAUUUGGUAAUCCGUUUGUUUCCGAGGGUGAUGUGAACAUUUUUUUUAAUUUAAAGAAAGGAAAGAAAGAAAGAAACAAACAAACAAAAAAAAAA